GAGUCGCACGCGCGAAUUGCUCGGACAGUCUUCCCUCGCCUCGCGUGGGAAGAGGAUACCGCCCCCCCGUGGUCGACGGCAUGCAUAGAGGAUUGAGGCCGCAGCAUAAUGUCAUGUGCCAAUCGAUAUGUGUCAGGCCUGGUUGCUGCCGGCUGCCGGCUGCAAGGCAUGCGAGCUGAGCGAUUCGGGACAAGUCACGCACCUUGCCGCGUGCUUUUAUUUAAUCAGUGACAGCCGAUCAAUCCGUAUUCAUUCAUAUUCAUAUUCAUUCAUAUUCAUAUUCAUGUAGGACAUGUAUAAGUUACAUGUAAAAGUACAUACCAACACCGCUCUCCACGCCUCCGCCCGAACUUCUACUCCCCAGCCUUCCAACUCCCUCACGCUCACCUCGUCUUGUUCACCCCUCCCCGCACCUCGUUCCACGGCUUCAUUGACUCUCCGCUCUUACAUGACCUGGUCGUCGAACAUGCGCAGAGGAAGAGGAGGGCGGCGACGGCGACGGCGAUGGCGAAGGGCAGCCGUGAGCAUGUUGCGCUUGUCUGUAGCGCCGGGCGGCGGAGACGGGUGCUGCGGCGAGAAUAUGUGCGAGCAAGCAAGUCAGCCGGGAGGGGGGGGACGUUGUGCCGCUGCCGCUGAUGCAUUGGCAUUGUGUCGCGGGGAGCUGGGUGUCGAGGCAGCAGCAGUGGGAGAGAGCAUGAUGCUUCGCGGGGAGUUGAAUUAGUUGAUUGUGUAUUAAUUACCAUGUACUCUAUUUAUGCGAACAAGCCCAGGCUCGGGGUAUCCAGUGCAAUCCCAGCAAUCCAGUGCAAUCCCAGCAAACCAAUGCCAACGCCAACGC